GUUUUGUAGGAUAAAAAAUCGGUUGAAAGCACUUGCCUCUGCUUUGCCCGGCUUGUGGACAAUUUUCAGCAUGAGGAGAACUUGCUGCAGCAGGUUGCGUCUAAGGAUUUGUUAACAAAUAUCCAGCAGCUCUUAGUUGUGACUCCUCCCAUCUUGAGCUCAGGCAUGUUUAUUAUGGUGGUGCGCAUGUUCUCUCUAAUGUGUUCCAACUGCCCCAGUCUGGCCGUGCAGCUCAUGCAACAGAAUAUAGCAGAAACUCUCCGAUUCCUUCUGUGUGGAGCUUCAAAUGGCAGUUGUCAAGAACAGAUUGAUCUUGUACCACGUAGCCCCCAGGAACUCUAUGAGCUGACUUCUCUUAUCUGUGAGCUUAUGCCAUGCCUGCCCAGAGAGGGAAUCUUUGCAGUUGAUACAAUGCUCAAAAAGGGAAACACUCAGAACACAGAUGGUGCAAUCUGGCAGUGGCGAGAUGACAGAGGCCUGUGGCAUCCAUAUAACAGAAUUGACAGUCGGAUAAUUGAGACAGCUCAUCAGAAUGGUGAAGAUGAGAUUAGCUUAUCCACCCUUGGACGUGUUUAUACUAUUGAUUUUAAUUCUAUGCAGCAGAUCAAUGAGGAUACAGGGACGGCUCGAGCAAUUCAGAGAAAACCCAACCCUUUAGCCAACCCCAACACCAGUGGUCAUUUGGAAGUGAAGAAGGAAGAUGCUAGGGCACAACUGAUGAAGGAAGACCCCGAACUGGCAAAAUGCUUUAUAAAAACUUUGUUUGGUGUGCUGUAUGAAGUGUACAGUUCUUCAGCUGGACCUGCAGUCAGACACAAGUGCCUUAGAGCAAUUCUUAGGAUUAUUUAUUUUGCUGAUGCUGAACUUCUAAAAGAUGUGCUAAAAAAUCAUGCUGUAUCUAGUCACAUUGCUUCCAUGCUGUCCAGUCAGGAUCUGAAGAUUGUAGUUGGAGCUCUACAAAUGGCAGAGAUUUUAAUGCAGAAGUUACCCGAUGUAUUUGGUGUUUAUUUCAGAAGAGAAGGUGUGAUGCACCAGGUGAAAAAUCUAGCUGAAUCGGAGACUCUCCUUACUAGCCCUCCCAAGGCUUGCACCAGUGGGACUGGAAGUAUAUGUACAACUACAAUUAGUACAGCAACUACCACUGCUGCAGCCAAUGCAACCCCAGACCUAGGCUCUCCCAGCUUCCAGCACAGCAUGGAUGAUUCUCUGGAUCUUAGUCCCCAGGGUCGAUUAAGUGAUGUCCUAAAGAGAAAACGGCUGCCAAAGCGUGGUCCAAGAAGGCCAAAGUAUUCUCCUCCCAGAGAUGAUGACAAAGUUGACCAUCAAGCUAAGAGUCCUACUACCACACAGUCUCCCAAAUCUUCAUUCUUGGCAAGUUUGAACCCAAAAACUUGGGGAAAAUUAAGCACUCAAACGAACAGCACCAAUUCUGAACUGCCACGCACAGCUGGAGUCAGCGGUCUGGCACGGGUUCCUCCAAAAGACUCUGUAUCCAAUAACAGGGAUAAGAUUAGGGCUUGGAUAAAAGAGCAGGCCAGUAAGUUUGUGGAACGCAACUUCAGCUCUGAGAACGUAGAUACAAGCAAUCCUGCACUGAAUGUACUACAGAGACUUUGCACUGCUACUGAACAACUCAGUCUACAGGUGGAUGGUGGAACAGAGUGCCUUGUAGAAAUCAGCAGUAUAGUCUCAGAGUCAGAUGUGUCCUCAUUUGAAAUCCAGCACAGUGGAUUUGUAAAACAACUGCUGCUUUAUUUGACCUCCAGAAGUGACAAAGACACUGUGAACCGUGAUGUCAGAUUAAAGAGAUUCUUGCAUGUGUUCUUUGGCUGUCCGCCCCCAGGACUGGAACCUCUUGGACGAUUAGAGCCUUUAGAAAAUGGACCGCUAAUGGCUCUUGUGCACAAAAUGAACAACUGUCUUAGCCAGAUGGAACAGUUCCCUGUUAAAGUGCAUGACUUCCCCAGUGGGAAUGGAACAGGAAGCAGAGGAUCCCAGGCCUUGAAAUUCUUCAACACCCAUCAGCUAAAAUGCCAGCUUCAGAGACAUCCAGACUGUUCUACCGUAAAACAGUGGAAGGGUGGCCCAGUGAAAAUAGAUCCGUUGGCUUUGGUACAGGCUAUUGAAAGAUACCUUGUUGUCAGAGGGUAUGGAAGAAUUCGAGAGGAAGAUGAAGACAGUGACGACGAUGGGUCAGAUGACGAAAUUGACGAAUCUCUGGCUGCACAGUUUUUGAAUUCAGGAAACGUGAGGCACAGGCUACAGUUUUACAUUGGAGACCACUUGCUACCAUACAACAUGACGGUUUACCAGGCAGUUAGACAGUUUAGUAUACAGGCUGAAGAGGAGCGCGAGUCCACAGAUGAUGAAAGCAACCCCUUAGGAAGGGCUGGAAUCUGGACAAAGACCCACACAAUAUGGUACAAGCCAGUGAGAGAAGAUGAAGAUAGCAAUAAGGAUGUGGUUGGUGGAAAGAGAGGACGUGCACAAACCGCACCAACUAAAACCUCCCCUCGAAAUGCAAAAAAGCAUGAUGAACUGUGGCAUGAUGGGGUGUGUCCUACAGUGGCAAACCCAUUAGAAAAUUACCUAAUUUCAGUCCCACCUGAAAACAUAACAUUUGAGGACCCUUCUCUUGAUGUGAUCCUACUUCUAAGAGUUCUUCAAUCAGUAAGCAGAUACUGGUUUUAUCUAUACGAUAAUGCCACCUGCAAAGAGAUUAUUCCUACCAGUGAGUUUAUCAACAGCAAACUUACUGCAAAAGCUAACCGGCAACUUCAGGAUCCCUUGGUUAUCAUGACUGGUAACAUCCCACCGUGGCUAACAGAGCUUGGGAAAACCUGCCCAUUUUUCUUCCCCUUCGAUACCCGACAAAUGCUGUUUUAUGUGACAGCCUUUGAUCGAGAUCGGGCCAUGCAGCGGUUACUGGACACAAAUCCAGAAAUUAAUCAGUCUGAUUCCCAAGACAGCAGAGUUGCACCGCGAUUAGACAGGAAGAAGCGCACUAUAAACCGUGAAGAGUUAUUGAAACAAGCUGAAUCAGUAAUGCAAGAUCUUGGCAGCUCAAGAGCAAUGUUGGAAAUACAGUACGAAAAUGAAGUUGGAACUGGCCUGGGACCCACAUUGGAGUUUUAUGCACUUGUAUCUCAGGAACUGCAGAGAUCUGACCUUGGCUUAUGGAGAGGAGAGGAAGUUGCCUUGUCAAACCCAAAAGGAAGCCAAGAAGGGACCAAGUACGUCUUCAAUUCACGGGGUCUGUUUGCUGUUCCUUUUGGAAGGACAACUAAACCGGCUCAUAUAGCUAAGAUUAAGAUGAAGUUUCGUUUUCUGGGAAAAUUAAUGGCCAAGGCCAUCAUGGAUUUCAGAUUGUUGGACCUUCCUCUUGGGCUGCCAUUUUACAAGUGGAUGCUGCGUCAUGAGUCCUCAGUCAGCUCCCAUGACCUCAUUAACAUUGAUCCUGGCGUAGCCAAAUCAAUUCAUCACCUUGAGGACAUCAUCAGACAGAAAAAGAAACUGGAACAGGAUAGGACGCAGUCAAGGGAAUCUCUGCAGCAGUCUUUAGAAAGUCUGAACAUGAACGGUUGCUCUGUGGAAGACUUGGGUCUUGACUUCACUUUGCCAGGUUUUCCUAACAUUGAGUUAAAGAAAGGAGGCAAGGAUGUCCCAGUAAACAUCCACAAUCUAGAAGAGUAUCUAAGGUUGGUUGUGUACUGGACUUUGAAUGAAGGUGUUUCCAGACAGUUUGAGUCAUUCAGGGAAGGAUUCGAGUCAGUCUUCCCUCUGCAGCACCUGCAGUAUUUCUAUCCUGAAGAGCUGGAUCAAUUGCUUUGUGGUAGCAAGUCGGAGACCUGGGAUGUUAAAACAUUAAUGGAGUGCUGUAGACCAGACCAUGGGUAUACCCAUGACAGUCGUGCUGUCAAGUUCCUGUUUGAAAUUCUCAGCAGUUUUGAUGCUGAGCACCAAAGGCUGUUUCUACAGUUUGUUACUGGUAGUCCAAGACUACCUGUGGGAGGCUUCAGGAGUUUGAACCCCCCGCUGACCAUUGUCCGCAAGACAUUUGAGUCUACGGAGAAUCCUGAUGAUUUUCUGCCCUCUGUAAUGACCUGUGUCAACUAUCUCAAGUUACCAGACUACUCUAGUAUUGAUAUAAUGCGUCAAAAACUGUUGAUAGCUGCUAGAGAGGGGCAGCAAUCGUUCCACCUCUCCUGAUUGCAACGUUUAAAUGCCUUUUACAGUAAAAGAGAGAAAGAAAUCAUGUGUUUUUUUUUUUUUAUCACCUACAUUGAGGCAAUGUGUGUACAGCCGCCUUGCUGUAGAAAGCAGCCUGCAGAAAUUACAGACUUGAUAUACAUAUUUGCUGCCCCUUCUCCCACAAAGACAUUACAUGCCCCACAGAUUUCACUGAAGACUAAUGAUAUAUCUUUAGUUGAAGAGUUGGGGAAAAAAAAAAAGAAAAAUUGAUGGGUGACAUUUUUAAACUUGCAUUGCUGUGUGAUAUUUGAAAAGGGAUUUUUCUUUUCAGGAUGGUAGAACAACAAAUGUCACUUUGCAGUUUAAUUUUGGGGUGUGUAUUUCCAUCUAGCAAAGUCUAUAGUUUUGUUCCAAAGAUUAUUUUUUUUUUGUACAGCCAUAAAUUAUCAGAUGCGUUGUGAUUUAGCUUCACGUAUGUUCACUCGUCAUUUUCCCUGGUUUUUAGUUUGUCCAUUUACAUUGUUUGUAUAAUAUACCACCAAUGUGUGUGUGUUGUAUUUGGGUUCUUCUUUUUUGUGUAUUUCUUUAUCUUGCAAACAGAUAGUUGUUACAGGUGGUUGAAUGCGGGUAAAAAUCAAAACCCUAGUUUCCCCCCUAAGUUAAAAA